UUUUGAUGGGCAUCUUUAAGGUUACAACCUCAUAAACUUUUUCCAAAUAAACAAAUCUACGUCUCUCUCCUGCUUACAUUGCAACAGGCUAAAGCUCUCUUGUUCUAUCAACAAAUGGUCGACUCUCUUCGUCUGGACUCCUCACUGUCGGUGCUGAGAAUUUUGAAUUUCAUAGGGCAUGGAUUCCUCCUCCCAACCCACUUCAACAAAUCGCCCUUCUCUCGUAACCCUAGCCCUAACCAGCUUAAUCGACCUCGACACCAGACUCUCUCUCUACCUCCACUCCCUAUUCCUCCCCUUUCCUCGCUCUCUUCUCAAGCUUCUGGAGAUCUCAGGUGAUGGCCGGUUCUGGUUCCCCAUACCCAUCUCUCUCUUUUGGUUCGCCGACCCCAAACUCAAAAUUUUCUCUCUCUUCCUCCUCGUCGGCUCUCUUCUCGACCUCGCCCUCGUCGGCCUCCUCAAAUUCACCAUCCGGCGACCACGCCCCGUGUACAACAAGGGAAUGCACCUAACUGUGGGGGUCGAUCACUGGUCCUUUCCCAGCGGUCAUUCUUCGAGGGCUUGUUUCGUUGGUUUCUUUCUGUGGCUUUGUUCUGAUUUAAUUGAAGAGUUUUUUGAUGGGUGGAGCUUCAUGUCUGGUUUGAAAAGUUGGGAAUUUGUGCGUGGUGAUUGGAUGAUCGAUUUGCAUGGCGGGUUUCGGUUUGCAGGGCUUGUGGUGUUGUGGUCAGUGGCAACGUCCUUCUCUCGGGUUUUAUUGGGACGGCAUUUUGUUCUUGAUGUAAUGGCUGGUGCAAUGUUGGGUGUUUUAGAGGCUUUGUUUAUGUUUCAUUUUUUCCGAUGGUACUCGAAUUGAGGAUGCCUCUAUUGUCUGAUUUUUGUUUCAGGGCAAGAGUAAGUUACUCUUUCCCUAUGCUGGAUAAUUCAAUUAUUUGGGGAAAAAACCACCUUGAUGUUUAAAUUUCUCUCUCGCCGUUGUUAUAUGUUUGCACAUUUGCUCUCCUGUUAUAUGUUUGCACAUUUGAUUGGAAAAUCAGGAGUAUUUUAUUUUAUCGAUACGAGCUGCUCUUGAUUUUCGAUUUAUUAUGUGAAUUAGUGGUGAGGAGACAAGGAACACAAUGUGCUAUUGUAAUUUCUGGCUUCUGUAUUCUCUAAAGUUUGAGAGAGAUUUCGAGAUGUUAUAAAUUCUUAAAUUUUGCAGUGCACUAAUUUUGAGUGUGGUCA